AUGAAUCGUGCAGCUUCAGUAGGUGCUCAAGUUUGUUUUUUUCCAGAGGCUAGUGAUUUUAUUGGGCUUAAUCAUGAGGAUUCUAUGAAGCUUACAUUUUCUCAUGAGAGAGAAGUGUUUAUUAAUGAAUUUAAAGAACAUGUAAAACUUUUAAAAAUACAUGCUUCUGUAGGUGUUCAUGAACCUAUUUUGUCAAAAGACCUUAUUGCAAAUGUGUGUCUUUGGAUAGAUGACGAAGGAAAUGUUAUACAUAAAUAUCAAAAGCUGCAUUUGUUUUCUAUUAAUGCUGUUGAUCAUCAAAGAAUGAAAGAAUCAAAGUAUAUAGAAGGAGGGAAAAGUAUUGUUCCUCCAUUUAAAACACCUAUUGGCAAUGUUGGAUUAGCCAUAUGCCACGAUUUAAGGUAUCCUGAAAUGUCUAUAAAACUUCGAAAUCUUGGAGCAGAAGUUAUCACCUAUCCAUCUGCGUUUAUUUCUAGAACCGGUGCUGAUCAUUGGACAACGCUAUUAUGUGCACGAGCGAUUGAAACUCAGGAAAGUAUUUCUUAUGUAAUAGCCGCAAAUCAGGCUGGCAAACAUAAUGAAACUCGUGAAAGUUAUGGACAUAGCAUGAUUGUAGAUCCUUGGGGUAUUGUACUCGCAUCUUGCUCUACUGCUUCAAGAGAGCCAUCUUUUUGUAUUGCAGAUAUUGAUUCCUCACUUGUUCACAAGGUUAGAAAAGAAUUACCUCUUACUAGAAGAAAUGAUGUGUAUCCUAAGAUAUAA